GUUCGGUAUUCACUGAAGCCAAGUUACCACGCACCUUCAAAUUCCUGCUGGAACCCUUCAGCAUGCCUUUCCGGUUGGACUUCGAUGUGAAGAUCAAGCAGGGUGCUAGCAUAGCCCUGGCUGAGCAUAAUACUGACGAGUCCGUCUUUGCCGAAAUAAACAUCGGUGGGAGAGUGAAUACCUUGGCGAACGUGAGACCAUGCUACUGGAUCUGUCUGAAUAUAGUGGCUACACAUGAGGAACAAGGGUUGGUCAACGCCAGUGAGUACCGCCCUUUCUGGAUCGACUACAAAGGGGGCGUGGUCAGGAUCGGUAAAGGAGGACAGGAGGCGGCUUUCGUGGAAUGGGACGCCGGAGCAUACCACCAGCGAGUACCGACUCUCGUGCACUUUGGUGUCGCUGAUAGGUUCUGAACAUGUUUUUGGGGGAUUUUGUUUGGUGUUAUUAUUGGAAACGAACAAAAUGCAUGAAAAGCAAAUGAUCCUAAAAAAUAUGCCUUUAAAAUAACAAGGUAUGUAUAUAUGGUUUCUAUAACAUAGCAAUUUAACUAGUGUUAGAAUUUGUGAAAAUAAUUCUGCAUCAACAAAACGAUGUGGGUAUAUAAAGGUUUUUAACAUUGUGGAGUAUUACAUUGUAGGUUGUCCUAGCUAUUUUAAAAGAUUAAAAUUCACCAACUCUAUAUAACAUUCAAUUUCGUCCACGAAAAAGGUCACACACUUUUACCAAAACCAUUUAGUCAUAUACCAU